AUGGCGGAGAUCGAGGCCAAGAAGCCCUGGCGGUUCGUGUUCCGCUGCCUUGAAAUCCCCUUUCAGUUCAAGCGGCGAGACGACCCGUUCGACCUCUUCUUCCUGCGCUGGGACGAGUUCUGGCGCGUGCACGGUCGAGCCGUGUGGGAGCGCGAUUUCUGGCAGCCAUUGGUGCCCGGGUCGACCGAGUAUCACCGCCGAAAGGGGCGCCAGUUCCGGGCUCAACGCGCUUUCCGAGAGCUGGCAACGGACCUGGAGGAGCGACUUGGGAGGCACUUCCGCCCGUGGCUCGCCAAGACGCCGCACGAUGGCUGG